GCCGGGACAGACUGGGAAUGGGAACAGGGGAAGCGGCCCAACACACGGCGACUGGGACUGUCGGGAGUCCGGAGAGCGAAGACACAUUGGACGGCUCGAGUGCCAUGGAUAAACGAGCUUUCUGUCCCCCUGCUGUCAGAGACCCCAAGCCCGCAGAGAGCCACGCCGAGUCCCCCCGGGGCAGACCGGACCGGGCCGACCCCCCCCCGGGGCCGACCGGAUCGGGUCGGAGCGGACGGCGCGUUGCCCGCCCCCCAGCAGGCGUCAAUAGGCCCCACCGGACCAGCGGGUCACAGAACCACUUCGUUCUCGGUUCUGGAUAUUCUGGAUCCCAACAAAUUCACCAGUAACCGGAGACCCGCGAGCCACCGUCUGGACGCGGAGUUCGGCGCCGAGAAGCGGAGGAGGGGAGCGGGAGGAGAGAGCGAGGAGCAGCAGCCCGCCUCAGACCGCAAGAGCCGCGCGGAGGAGUACGACCCCAUCGUGGGCAGGAAGCCCGCGGCCGGGAUCCACAAGGAGGCCUACGUGUACAGGGGCCCCGAUGAGAACGAGUUCCAGCACCGAGCCCCCACUCCGGACUCAGAGGCCCCUGACGAGCCUUACAGCAGCGAGGAGAGCAACUCGGCCCCGCCCAGCGGGGGGGAGGAGGCCGGCCUCCACCACAUGGACCCGGCCCGCGACACCAAGAGCCCCGGGGGGGGGCCAGGCCCGGGGCCUGGCUCGCAGCAGGGGAAGCCCAAGAGGAAGCGCUCCGGCUCCGACUCCAAGUCGGGGAAGCCGCGGCGGGCGCGAACGGCCUUCACCUACGAGCAGCUGGUGGCGCUGGAGAACAAGUUCAAGUCGACGCGGUACCUAUCGGUGUGCGAGCGGCUGAACCUCGCCCUGUCGCUGUCGCUCACCGAGACGCAGGUCAAGAUCUGGUUCCAGAACCGCCGGACCAAGUGGAAGAAGCAGAACCCCGGGGCGGACACCAGCGCCCCCACCUCGGGGGGCGGGGGGGGCGGGGGGGGCAUGGGGGGCCUCAGCCCUCUGAGCCAGUCUCCCCCCAUGGGGGGCCACCUGUCCAUGCACGGGGGGGGCUAUGGUGGGCACCACCAUGGCCCCGCGGGGGGGCUGGUGCAGCUGCCCUUCCUGACCUCCAGCCACGCCGCUGUGCUCUCGCCCUUCAUGCUGGGCUCCCAGACCUACGGGGCCCCCACCUUCUACACCACACACCUGUAGACACGACCCGGGACCACCUUCUACUCCACACACCUGUAGACAUGACCCGGGCCCCCACCAUCAACCCCACACACCUGUAGACAGCACCACUUAGACAGAUAAAGAGGAAGCCCCACUGCCAUCGUUUCUUAGGCCUGACAACACAGCUGCCUUCUCCAUUCCAUCUUAUACACAACAGAAAACACCCCAAAAUAUCCCCCUGAUCUGUAACUCAUACAGGACACUGCAGCUCAGAUAUAGCAGGAUUAAGGAGAAUACACUUUUUAUAUGGAUAGGUUUUCUGUUCAUUUGGGUUUUCUGAUGUAGCACAAGACUUUCCCAAACACAACGGACUGCAUGUGGAGCCGCCAUAAUAAGGGCAAAACGGGAUUUAACGUUUUUUUAUGUCCGUUCACAUUUUGUCACUAAAUUCUACGGAAGGGAAAUGAUAGCGAUUCGAUCCGAUAAGUAAAGAAUAAUUUUCCUACCGAUGUUUUCCUUGAAAUUUGUUAUUUUAAUAGAUUGUGAAAUAAUAGGCCUACCUAUACAAAUGUAAAUAUGUCAAUGUUAGCUUUUAAAUGGAAUGCUACUUUAGAUUGAAUAACAUAAAUGUUGCUUUUAUUGUUUUGAAUAAUAAUGUUGAUAUUGAACGUUCAUUGUGGAAUGGCUUUCCCUGAUUUAAGUAGGCUACCAUGUAAUCUGCGACGAUUUCAAUUGAAAUAACUUUUGUUAUUUAUGAGAUUUGUUGCUAUAGUUUCCACAAACAAAUCUUAGUUGAUUGAUUCUUCAUCUGAAUAUUAUAUAGGUGUUUAAUAAAAAAUAAUAAAUCAUUACCUUCAGGUCUAAUAAGCCUAAUCUUUUAAUUACUCUAUCGAUUAAAAUGGGGGCUGGAAAUAUUCGACUGGGUUCUUAACAC